CCUGGUGUUUGCUUUGUCCCAGGAUAAACUGACUGCCAUUACCUCCUUGUGCCCAUUAUUCUAAAAGAAUCCAGCCCGGGGGGGUUACUGUGUGCAAAGGUCCCCCAAACCUAUGACUUAAUGACGUGGCACCUACAUGCUGGAUCCUGCAGUCAGCAACCUAAGGGUUAAUACAGAUAAAGGGCCACACCAGGUGACUGGAAUAAAGCAAACAGGUGGAGAGAGGAUAUUGUAUAAGGUGUUGGAUAAGGGAAAUCUCAGCAAAGUGUGCGCUUGGGAGAAGCUGGAACAAGUUGAUCCAGUUCCUGAGAGAAAGGAGAGAAAGGAGAAUUCUGCUGUUCCUGCUCCACCUUCAGUGAUGGCGGCUGCAGAACCGAGGGGAGAGCUGAGCUGCUCCAUCUGUCUGAACCUUUAUACUGACCCUGUAAUGCUGCCGUGUGGGCACAAGGUGCUGGACACCCAGGAGGGAUCUGGGGCUUAUUCCUGCCCUGAAUGUAGACAGGAGUAUGAGGAGCGCCCUGCCCUACCCAGGAACAGAACUCUGGGGAACAUAGCAGAGAGAUUCCGUCCAACUGAGACCCAACUGGGGGAGACUGGGAUCUUCUGCACCUACUGUGUCCUCUCUCCUGUACCUGCUGUUAAAUCCUGUCUCCUGUGUGAGGCUUCUCUGUGUGAUACCCACCUGAGGGGGCACAGCCAGUCACACAAGCACAUCUUAACUGCACCCACACGUUCUUUUGGGGAGAGGAAAUGCCCCCAACAUGAUGAACCCCUCAAUUAUUACUGCCCCAAUGACUCCGCCUGUAUCUGUGAAUCCUGCUGUCGGAUUGGGGAGCACAGGGGCCACAGGGUGGAGCUGCUGAGUGAGGCCUCUGAGAAGAAGAAAGAGAAAGUGAGGAAAGUGCUGGAGAAACUGAGGCCAGAGAGAGAGGAGACUGAGAGAGGAGCCCAGAGACUGCAGGAGCGCAGGAGAGAAGUGGCAGAAAAAGCAGCCGGUGAGACAGAGAGAGUCACUGCCCUGUUUAGAGACAUCAGGGAACAGCUGGAAGCCCUAGAGAAGCGACUCCUGAGUGACAUCUCCAGCCAGAAAGAGAAGCUCUCACUCACACUCACUGAUCUGAUGGAGCAGCUGGAAAUAAAGAAGGACGAGCUGUCCAGGAAGAUCCGUCACAUUGAGGAGCUGUGCAACAUGGCAGAUCCACUCACUGUCCUACAGGAAUGGAAAUCACAUGGAGCUGAAUUUUGUGGGGCUGAAUUUUGUGGGGCUGAGGGGGCAGAUAAUGAGGGGGCCGAUAAUGAGGGGGACAGAGAGAGAGAUGAUACUGAGGGGGCAGAUAAUGAGGGGGCCGAUAAUGAGGGGGACAGAGAGAGAGAUGAUACUGAGGGGGCAGAUAAUGAGGGGGCCGAUAAUGAGGGGGCCGAUAAUGAGGGGGUGAUGCAUGAUGGGAAAGGGACCACUUUAACUCAAAGCUCUUUAGGAGGGAGAAUCAGGAUCCUUCUGGACUAUGAGGUGGGGUGUCUGUCCUUUUAUGAGCUGAGUGAGCCAAUCAGACACUUACACACGUACACUGCCAAAUUCACUGAGCCCCUCCAUGCUGCAUUUUGGGUAGGGUGGGAUGAUGCCUGGGUUCUCCUGAAUGGGCACUGGUUGGACCUCCUAAAAUUGAACAUCGUCUAA